AUCCUUGCGCACUGCCACAAGCCUACCCGGCAUGCAACGCGGCGUCAUACAACAUAGCCAUCUUGUCAAGAGUGACCGAGGCAGGGAGGUAACUGUGGCCGCUCUUUCGCUCUCCUUUUCCCGUCACCGGUGAUACUCAGGAGCGGCUCUUUUAUUCCCCCACCCUUCAGCGGGUUUCGUUUCAUGCGUCGAUAAAGCUCGUGGAGUGCUUUCAAGAAGAUGUCCCGCAUACUUGUUCCGACGUAGGGGGAGUGUGCGGCGGCAGCAGCAGCCAGUUGGCGUGACUUGCUAGCGUGCUCGCUGAGCGGAGGACUGCCGGCCCCCGAAGGAGCUCCGGUAGCGGCGCAACAUACUCCGCGACAACGGCGGUUACACCACCGCACAGGCGGGAGACUAGCAGGCCCGCUCCGGACUUUUGGAGAGAACUCCGGGUCGCCGUUUGUGUCACUCCCCGGAGUCGCAUUUACCAGCGGCGUGUCGUCAAAUCGCACCCGGAGACCCGAGCGUCUGCGAAGGGGAUGGCGCAGAUCCACCUCGUUUACAGUUAACAACGGCGGACUGCAAUACACGCAAGUGUGCUCUUUUAGCCCGCGCUAACGUUUCUUCCCCCCCACCCCCGGCGGAGGAUAAAGCGAGACUCGGGGGUGAGCGCGCGUCUGGCAACAUGUCGAAAAUGCCGGCCAAGAAAAAGAGCUGCUUUCAGAUCACCAGCGUGACUCAGGCCCAGGUGGCUGCCAUCGGCGCCACGGACGACACGGAGAGCCUGGAGGACCCGGACGAGUCCCGCGCGGAGGAUGUGUCGUCGGAAAUGUACGACGAGCCGGCGUCCGAAGAAGCCCCGAACAAUGCCGGGGAGCCGGAGGCACCGUCGCACAUACCUCACUUCGCCGUGCUGUCAGUCAACCCCUUGGGGGAGUUUCGGAAAACGGGAGUGUCCGGCCCGGCUCAAGGCGGUCAGCAGCCGCCAGCGGCAGGGAUCGGCGCGGCCGUCACACCCCUCCCCGCUCAACAGGUUGCCCCCCUGACCUCCAGUCCCGGACCCGCCGUGGUGUCUGUUAAUGUAUCCCAGCCUGCUUCAGCGCCCAGUCCGGGUCCCCCGCAUCCUUCCGCCUCUGCAGUGAGUUGCACGUCUCGCUUCCGGGUCAUCAAACUUGACCACGGAACCGGGGAACCCUUUCGAAGGGGUCGGUGGAUGUGUACGGAGUUUUACGAGAAAGAGUCCGAAGGUAACCGGACUGCGGACAGACAUGUCGGUGCAACACUGGAUAGCGCUGCAGACAGAGACAGCGGGCUGGGGCAUACCGGCGGCUCUGCGGUUGCCUCGGCCCAAGCCUCGGGCUCCUCGGCGGAUGUCGCUCUGUCGUCGUCUCGCAUGGACUCGUCCGUGCAGCAAAACUUCAUCACCCGGCAGCAUGUUGGGAGCGGGUCGGGCCCGCAGAUUGCUCUCUCGUCGGUCCCCGUGCCGCUUCAGACUCAGUCUGUAAUGGGGAGUGUGCAGCCCGCCGCGCAGAAUGGGUUGCCUCAGUCUGCCAUCCACAUGCAGAAGUCCCCCAUCCUGCCCCAGUUGGCCCAGACACAAGCUUACCCUUUCCAGCAGCUUUCCAUGGGGCACCACCUGACUGCACAGAACCAGACCGAGUACUAUCAACCUGGGCUUCCCACUGGUCAGUCACUGUCUGUAUCUUCAGGGCCGCAGACAGCGGGACAAGCGACCUCUCCCGCCGCGCCCGCAGCCUCCGGAGGAGUUUCGAUACACCAGCUUGGAGACGUUGCUGUGGGUGGAUCCAUACUUUCUGGACCGGCGGCUCCAGGCCAGACGGCUGGAAUGGGAACUGUACUUGUUGGAGGAUCAACUUUGCAGCAGUCUGUCAGUCAGUAUGCUGCCACGGGACAACCCAAACCCCUUAGCCUCCACCCUGCAUCCUCCGGUGUGCAAAAUGUGCCUGCAAUCGCAGUGAGCUCCGGUGUGCCCCCCACGGUGCCUACCGCUAUGCCCAGUGCCUCCAGUGCAGCCAUGCCAAAGGUGACAACAUCCAGUUUGCCUCCAGGUCAGACCGCUCACAGCAAGACGACGGGCGCAUUGGGGGCACCGGGCCUCCUGGCAGCUGGAUUUGGACAGGUGGAGGGCGGCGGCGUGAGGAGGUCCGACGGUGUCGUCAAGCCAAUGUCAUCCGGGAAGGAUCUGAUGAAGCCCCUCAUGCCUGAGAGCCUGCAGCUCGCCGCUCCAACUGUCAACAGCCUGUUUGGAAUCCAUUUACCCGUCGAUGGGGAUGAGGACAGGAACCCUUCCAAGGCUUUCUACCAGGCCUUCCAGUCCGGCAGCAGAUUAAGGGACUCAAGGGCCCACAGUGAUAGUGCCUCUGGAACCAAUAUUGUUGCCAUUGAUAAUAAAAUAGAACAGGCAAUGGACCUGGUGAAAAGCCAUCUGAUGUACGCCGUGCGAGAGGAGGUGGAGGUCUUAAAGGAGCAGAUCAAGGAGCUCUACGAGAGGAACUCUGUGCUGGAGCGAGAGAACGCCGUCUUGAAAUCCCUGGCCAACAGCGAGCAGCUCUCGCAGCUUCCCGCCCAUCCGCCGCCGCCACUUCAGCCCCAGCAGCAACAGCAAGGACUCAACCAGCCUACGCCGGCACUGGCCGGGCCCCCGCCUCAGCAGACUCCCCCUCAGCUGGACCCGAGCCAGCAGCAACCCAACGUCACCUCGGCUUGAAACCUCUCCCAGCAGCUUACAGUUAGUGGAUGUGAAACUUGCAGAAAAACAACAACAAAGUUGAACUCUUGUUGUCACCAGCUUGACCACAAAGUGCAGUGCUUGUAUGUGCACGUGUGACUGGUCUCGAACGUGUGUGUGUGUGUGUGUGUGCGUGCAUGCGUCUGUACUGUGGGCCUUUCCAGUGUUAAUGCAAUCAUCAGGAGAGCGACGUAUCAGGGAAGUUUGGCCGGCGGUUUCUUUUUUUUUUUUUUUUUUUUUUUUUUUAUAAACGAAACCCGGCUUGUUGCCCCUCUGGGGGUCCGAGCUGGGGCCAGACUGAUCCGAGACCUGCUCAGUCUGUCGGGGGAGGAUAAAGGGAGUGGGUUUCACCUCACGUUAAGGGACGGACGGGAAGACGAUUGUCACAAACUAAAAAAAAAAAAAAAAAAAAAAAAGAGUGUUUUUUUUUUUUUCCUUUUUCAAAGAGAUCAUAAGUGGGUAAAAAGGAGGCAUUUUAGCCUCGCUGAAUCAUCGUAAAGAAAGACCUCCGCCGUUACAUGUUGGUCGACCCUCGCAUCAAUCUUCUGGGUUCUGCUGUCAAGUGUUUUUAUUUAUUACAGGGCUGCUAUAUUCAUAAAUUAGGUGAAACUCUUUUUGUUUUUACAGUGUUUAAAAUACCCUAUUUUCCGGAUUAUAAAGCGCACUCAAUUUUAGAACGUUUUUUUCCAUAUAGGUCGCAGAUAUAAAGUUAACGUACCAAUGAUUGUAAUUAUUCUCUGCAUUCGACCCAUCACCCUUGAUCACCCCCUGGGAGGUGAGGGGAGCAGUGAGCAGCAGCGGUGGCCGCGCCCGGGAAUCAUUUUUAGGUGAUUUAACCCCCAAUUCCAACCCUUGAAGCUGAGUGCCAAGCAGGAAAGGAAUUUGUCCCGUUUUUAUAGUCUUUGGUAUGACUCGGCCGGGAUUUGAACUCACAUCUUACCGAUUUCAGAGCGGACACUCUAACCAAUAGGCCACUGAGUAGGUUGUGAGUUCAAAUCCGCGAUAAACUUUUACAUACACUAGUAAAGAACAUGAUGUCAUGGCUGGCUUGAGUUUCCAAUAAUUUCUACAACUCUAAAGGCCUUUAAUCCCAGGAACACCACACCUACCGUCAAGCAUGGUGGUGGUAGUGUUAUGGUCCGGGCCUGUUUUGCUGCUAACAGAACUGGGGCUUUAAAUGGGACAAUGAAAAAGGAGAAUUACCUUUUUAUAAAUACUCCCCCCCCAAAAAAAAUUAAGUUAAUUUUUAUCCACAUGUAUGUGCUAUAAAGCUACUUUGUGAUCAUACAUCAAGUCUGGCGUCCAUGUCCACGGUGCACCUAAAGGACCGGAACCUUUUGCGGCAGCAGCUGACAUGCGUUGCUCACGUGGGUCAGGACUUUCUCCUUCAGACUUGGCCGUCGAGACCAAGUCGGUGUCUUCACCUUGUCCUCCAACCUGGAGAUCCGUGCCGACAUUUCGAAGCCGCGAUCUGAUUCCGCGAGUGACCCCAUAAAGGGAAUAAACGGUAGAAAAUGGAUGGAUGGAUGGAAUUACCUUCCAAAUUCUUCAGGAAAACCAAAAAUCAUUAGCCCGGAGGUUGGGUCUUGGGCCAUACUUGCCAACCCUCCCGAUUUUCCUGGGAAACUCCCGAAUUUCAGUGCCUCUCCCAGGGCAACCGUUCUCCCGAUUUCCACCCGGGACAACAAUAUUGGGGGCGGUGCCUUUAGCGUCCUCUCUCACCUGAAAAAGAGUCUCUGUCAUCCAUAGGUUGAUCUAUAACCCAUAAAGUAGGCCGGCACGAAACUGUUUCUCAGCAUGUGUUUAUUCCAGCCGGCGCGUUAAUACACUGACACACGACAUCCGGAUUCCCGUCAUGCAUUGCCUCAAAACUACGGCAAGUAGUAAUGUCCAAAAAACAUAACAAAGACGGAGCAGAAGAACGAAGAGUAAGAAGAAGUACGCUUGCAAGUUCCAAAAUGAUUUGAGAACUAAUUUCAGUUCAUCCAGGACGGCUCGAAGGGGUAGGGGUGUGCCCAAAACAGGCCCGGACCAUAAUACUACCACCACCAUGAUUGACGGUAGGGAUAGUGUUCCUGGGGUUAAAAACCUCACCUUUUUUUGUGACCAACAAGUAUGUGCUCUAAUCACUAUCACACGACUGACACACGACAUCCGGAUUCCCGUCAUGCAUUGCCUCAAAACUACGGCAAGUAGUAAUGUCCAAAAAACAUAACAAAUACGGAGCAGAAGAACAAAGAAGAGACAUGGCGACGAAGAGUGAGAAGAAGUACGCUUGCAAGUUCCAAAAUGAUUUGAGAACUAAUUUCAGUUCAUCCAGGACGGCUCGAAGGGGUAGGGGUGUUCCCAAAACAGGCCCGGACCAUAAUACUACCACCACCAUGAUUGACGGUAGGAAUAGUGUUCCUGGGGUUAAAAACCUCACCUUUUUUGUGACCAACAAGUAUGUGCUCUAAUCACUAUCACAAACAAAUAAGAGUUGUAGAAAUGAUUGGAAAUUCAAGACAGCCAUGACCAAUCAGUUCUUUACAAGUGUUUGUCAACUUUUGUCCACGAAUGUACGUCGUGGAAUUGUUCCCAAAUGGCCGAUCAAAUAAAACACGUCAUCGUCAUGGACAGACUAGCUCUCCAAUCAGCUAAACCAGACUCCAUAAAUCCACGGGAACACAUUGAAUUUACAAAUCUGAAACUAUAAAGAAAGAAUGUUGAUACAACACAGAAAUAUUGGCCAAUGUUUACAUUACAAUAGCAGAAAUAUGCGUGAACACACUCCUAUUGACAUCACGGUUUUAACAAGUGUAAAGUUGUAGUUAUAUUGUAAAACUCACACAAGUCCCUCGCAGUGAUCGAUGAAGAAUCCAUACGAGUGGGAUGCCAGGCUGGAAGACGGGACGGCAUUUCUACUUCCGGUCGCGAGCUCAGUCCAAACCAGGGGUGUCAAACUUGUUUUCAUUGAGGGCCACACCGCAGUCAUGGCUGCUUCUAACAGUAAAUAAUGAAGUAAAAUAUUUAUAAGCAUUUUUACAUAAAGAGAGAAACAAAAAAAAUUACGGAAAAAAGUGGCAGCCUAGUUGCCAGACUUUUACUGUAAAAUAUAUCUUUUGUUUUUUUUUUAUAUAAUUUUUUACAACAUAUAUAUAUAUAUAUAUAUAUAAUAUAUAUAUAUAUAUCUUGAUUGGAUUAUCCAGAGAAUAGUGCUCGAUACCGUGGUAGAGCGCAAUAUGUAUGUGUGGGAAAAAUCACAAGACUACUUUAUCUCUACAGAACUGUUUCAUGAGGCCUCAUGAAAACACACAUACAUAUAUAUGUGAUACCAUAAAAUCCUCAAUUGUGGGUUUUAUAAUAAUUAAAAAAUAAAAAAAUAAAAAACUGACAGCUCAGUCGACAGAAUUUUACUGUUAAAAACCCCCCCAAAACAUUGGGCAUUUUUUUCAACUUACAGUAAUAUGCUGUAAAAUCAAUUCCCUAAAUUUUACCAAACUAGAAAGAAAACCUAAUACCUUUUAGUAAGAAGAUAUUAGGUGCCAGUUUUUUACAAUAAUAAAAUGUGGCACCUUAAAAUGAUCAAUUGUGGAUUUUAUAGUAAAAAAAACAGCAACUGACAGCUCAGUCGAUAAAAUUUUACUAUUUAAAAACAACCAUGAGUCAUUUUUUUUCAACUUGCAGUAAUAUGCUGUAAAAUAAACUCCCUAAAUUUUACAGUAAAAUCCAUUGAUCAUUUUAUUAGUGUACAAUUUGAUGGAUAACCUGCUUUGAAAUCAUAAGUUAAGCAGAUAUUUAAGUAUUUAUUUGGAUUUUGACCAAAAAAGUUAUAUUAUUUAUUUGUUGCAAUAUUGGACACUAUUUUAUUCCCCUUUUAAACUAGAAAUAAAACUUAAUACCUUUUAGUAAGAAGGUAUUAGGUGAAAGUUUUUUUAGAAUAAUAAAAUGCGGCACCUUAAAAUCAUCAAUUGUGGAUUUUACAGUUAAAAAAAAACCUGGAAGCUCAGUCGACAGAAUUUUACUAUUAAAAAAAUAAGUCUUUUUUUCAACUUACAGUAAUAUGCUGUAAAAUAAACUCCCUAAAUUUUACAGUGAAAUUCAUUGAUAAUUUUUUAUUAGUGUACAAUUUGAUGGAUAACUUGCUUUGAAAUCAUAAGUUAAGCAGAUAUUUAAGUAUUUAUUUGGAUUUUGACCAAAAAAGCUAAAUACAUUUGUUGCAAUAUUGGACACUAUUUUAUUCUCCUGUCAAACUAGAAAUAAAACGUAAUACCUUUAGUAAAAAGGUAUUAGGUGCAAGUUUUUUACAAUAAUAAAAUGUGGUACCUUAAAAUCAUCAAUUGUGGAUUUUACAGUAAAAAAAAAAAAAACAGAUAGCUAAGUUGACAGAAUUUUACUAUUAAAAAAAAAAACACCAAGUCAUUUUUUUUCAACUUACAGUAAUAUGCUGUAAAAUAAAUUCCCUAAAUUUUACAGUGAAAUCCAUUGAUCAUUUUUAUUAGUGUACAAUUUGAUGGAUAACUUGCUUCGGAAUCGUAAGUUAAGCAGAUAUUUUAGUAUUUAUUUGGAUUUUGACCAAAAAAGUUAGAUAAUUUAUUUGUUGCAAUAUUGGACACUAUUUUAUUCCCCUUUUAAACUAGAAAUAAAACUUAAUACCUUUUGGUAAGUUUGGUGUUAGGUACCAGUUUUUUUUUUUUUUUUACAAUAAUAAAAUGUGUUUCCAUAAAAUCUAAUGUAGAUUUUACAGUAAAAAAAAAACAUCCCGAAAAACUGAAAGCUAAGUAAACAGAACUUCUGUAAAAAACAAAACACAAACAUUGGUUGUAAUAGUAAUAUGUUGUACAAAAAAAACAACAAAAAUUUUACAUUAAAAUCCAUUGUUUUUUUUCAACUUUCAGUAAAAUGUCGUAAAAAAAACCAACCCAGAAAACCUUAAAUUUUACAGUAAAAUCCAUUGGUCAUUUUUAUAGUAAUAUAAAAUAUAAGGUAUGUUUUAACAUAUUAAGUAUAUAUAUAUAUAUAUAUAUAUAUAUAUACAUAUAUAUAUAUAUAUAUAUAUAUAUAUAUAUAUAAAAUAUCCGUAUUGUAGCUUAGAUAGGCACCAGCGCCCCCUCGACCCCGAAGGGAAUAAGCGGUAGGAAAUGGAUGGAUGGAUGGAUGGAACUUGCUUCAAAAUCAGAUAUUUAAGUAUUAAUUUGGAUUUUGUCCAAACAGGUUAGAUAAUAUAUUUGUUGCAAUAUUAUCAAUCAAUCAAUCAAUCAAUGUUCAUUUAUAUAGCCCUAAAUCACUAGUGUCUCAAAGGGCUGCACAAACCACAACACAAACCACUACAACAUCCUCGGUAGGCUUUAGACAUGAUUAUCAAACUAGAAAUAAAACAACCUGAUACCUUUAGGAAGAAAGUAGAUAAAGAAAAUAUAUUUUAUUGACACACAUUCCCAGGCUUUUGUGGGCCAGAUUUUGAGUUUGACACCCCUGGACUAGAUGGAAGGACACUGCAGCCCCUGCAGUGAGCAAACUCGUCCAAAAGAGGGCGCCAUAGCAAAACAAUACCACGCCUAUUCAGUGUUUUUUUUUGUUUUUACCGUUUGCAUUUUGGCCGCCAGCGAAGAAAAAUCCACAAUUUAUCCGCAGCGUUGUGUAAAGCGCAGCAAAAAGUAGCGGCUUAUAGUCCGGAAUAUACGGUACUAGGCCAAAGUUCCCCAGGGGCAGUGCUUUACGUGUAGAUUACAAGCAACAUGGAAUUUUGAGGAAAUUGCCAAGACUCGGUAUGAAUGUAUUCAAUCUUAAAAAGCCUUGACAGGUGAUUCCUUCACCUGCUGAUAUCAAAUCUGAACUCUGAUGGCUAAAAGUGAAUCGGCAUCGCCACAACUGCCGCCGUCGAGCGCGGGAAAGCUGUGAAGUCAAUCUUACUUUGUAACCAAAGACGCGUGAACUGAUGACUUUUUAAACGUGUUUUUUCUCCCCCCCCACUUCUUCACAUUUUGUGUCGCCAUUCAGCAUGUUCUGUAACCACUUUCUUACCUCAUUUUUAUUCAACACUCUUAUUGUAAGACCGUCUGUGAACAGCGUAAGCAGGAUAGGGUUGGGGGAAAAAAAUGUAAUAAAAAUAUAAUUAAAAAAAAAAAAAAAGAGUUGGCACCAGCGGUGAGAAACUAGCCUUGUGUUAGCAGCACCCGGCACAGAAAAUGAAGUGAGCCAUGUUUUGUUCGUUUAAAUGGUGUUUGAAUUUCAUAUGCCGAUAGUUUUGUUACAUUGCAAAUUUUAUUGUAUUUAAAUAAAAGCAAUAUUCGAAUUCCAA